GUGGCGCUUACGUCAGCAAUCCGGUGACUGACCCGGAUCGAAACCUCAAACAUACAGCUACGAGAGGCUCUGAGGAAGACUGAAAGAAAGAGACACGGAUUUACCGGUGAUGUGUUGGAGUCUCCAUGAACACGCGCCGCCGCCACGGUCCUAGAAGCAGUCAGCAGGGGGUGUACAUUGGGCCUUCUCAGACCCAGUCACAGCUGAUCCAACUGCCAGAAGCGCCCCUCGUCGUAGCCCCCCCGCCCCCCAUCGCUCCACCGCCAGUGGACAACAGCGCCAUGUCGUGCCGGGACCGCACACAAGAGUUCCUGUCGGCUUGCAAGUCUCUACAGGGAAGACAGAAUGGGAUACAGACCAAUAAACCAGCCCUCAACGCACUUCGACAGCGCAGCGAUUUCACACUCAUGGCAAAGAGGAUCGGAAAAGACCUGAGCAACACUUUUGCCAAACUGGAAAAGCUCACAAUACUUGCCAAAAGGAAAUCCUUGUUUGAUGACAAGGCUGUGGAGAUUGAAGAAUUGACGUACAUUAUCAAGCAGGACAUGAACAGUCUGAAUAAACAGAUAGCACAGCUGCAGGACCUGGUGCGUUCACGUAGCAAUCAAAAUGGCCGGCAUGUCCAGACACAUUCCAACACCAUCGUUGUCUCCCUGCAGUCUAAACUGGCGUCAAUGUCAAACGACUUCAAAUCAGUGCUUGAAGUGAGAACAGAGAACCUGAAGCAGCAGCGCAGUCGGAGGGAGCAGUUUUCUCAAGCCCCAGUGUCCACCUCCCCUCUUCACGCCAACAACUUCAAGAGCUCAGUCCUGAUGCAGGACGAGUCUCGGAGGUCGGCUGAUGUCUCCAUAGACAUGGACUCCCGCUCCAGUCAGCAGCUGCAGCUCAUAGAUGAACAGGACUCCUACAUCCAGAGCCGCGCCGACACCAUGCAGAACAUCGAGUCCACCAUCGUGGAGCUGGGCUCCAUUUUCCAGCAGCUGGCUCACAUGGUGAAGGAGCAGGAGGAGACUGUUCAGAGGAUCGACGCCAACGUGGAGGACACGCAGCUGAACGUGGAGGCUGCCCAUGCGGAGAUCCUCAAGUACUUCCAGUCCGUCUCCUCUCACCGCUGGCUGCUGGUGAAGAUCUUCCUCAUCCUCGUCGUCUUCUUCAUCGUCUUUGUGGUCUUCCUGGCCUGAGCGCAAGAGGAGGCAGAGGAAGGAGACCGGAGACUGAGGAGGGGGACCACAUAAAAUUACAGAAGAGCGUACGGUGUACAGGGGAGGGCUAAGGGAGGAGUCGUGUGGGAGUGAAUCUGGUGUGUGUGUGUGUGUGUGUGUGUGUGUGUGUGUGUGUGUGUGUGUGUGUGUGUGUGUGUGUGUGUGUGUGUGUGUGUGUGUGUGUGUGUGUGUGUGUGUGUGUGUGUGUGUGUGUGUGUGUUUGUGAGUGAGUGAGAGAGCAUGUGCGUGUUGGCAUGUAUGGCCGUGUGUGUGUUGGUGUGGGAUAGCGUGUUAGCCUAUGUUUGUGUGAGUGCGUGCGCGUGUAUGUGUAUAUGUGUGUGCAUUUUGGCACAUCCAUGCAUGUAUGUGUGCGUUAAGAGUGGGAUAGCGUGUUAACCUAUGUUAGUGUUUGUGUUAACGUGGGCAUGCGUGUGUCUUGUGUGCACGUGCUGAGAGUGUGACUGAGAACUCUGUCUCCAUAUCUCAUUCUCUCUGUUGAGAGGUGGUGAAGGUAAAUAUUGCAUAAAUUACAAUUUCUGGGACCCAAGUUGCAUAACGGUAGGCUUUAUAUGCCUGUCUGGUGACUGGUAUUCUCACUGACUUUUCAAGACCUUUGUAUGCCGCCAGUUAUGUCAGAAAAUAAGUGAGUUAUAUACAUUUAAACAUUAUUUGAUACAGUGUUGUAGUUUCAUUUGACACACAAAGGACUUUAAUAAUAAUGAUUACAGAAUAAGAUUGCAAUUAUUUGAGCUACUUUCCAAACUACUUAAAACCAGUACUGUUUUUCCCUUUAGUGCUCUUCUCAGGGGGUAAAAUAUGGUGAAAGAUCCAUGAGUUAAUUGGCUCUUGUUGAGGGUCAAUCUUCAGCAUGCAAGCUCAUUUUGAAAUGUUAACAAUGAUGAUACCAUCCGGUGAUAAAGACCAGUGCUUUCCUGGGCUGUGAUUAAAAUGAAGGAUUUCUUGGUGUAAAUAUUGGUUCCUUUGAGACAUUAGAGACAAUUGAGGAAUUGUGUAAAGAGAAAAUAUUUACAUUGGCUUUAUAAACACCUGUUGUGUGCAGCAAUGCAACAACAUCUCCCAGUGCAUAAUUAUUUCCCGGGCAGGUAAUGUGGUUGUGUGCUGAAUGACGUGGAAGACAAAGCCUGUAUGUUUAACUCUAGUUUUGUCUUGGGCCCUUUCUGAGGAGUUGUUCCCAUUGUGGAGUGCUGCCAUCUUGUGCAGAGUUUACCCUGUUGAUAGUGUUAUACAAUAUAUAUCUAUCGCCACGCAAUUUUUUUUCUGGACUCCCCCUAUUGAUUUUCAUUCUCCAUUUGAUCUGAACGAAAUGAAACCAACUUUGACUUGUUUCUUUUUUUGCCAUUGUUCGGUUUUGAAUUCUUUUGUAUCGCUUUUCCGAGAGCUGAGUUUUUAAGCGACACGGUUUUGUGAGGGUAAAAGACUGUUGAAGACCCCAGACAUUGAAACCAUGGCAGCAUGGUUACUGUAGAUUUUUAUUUAAUCUUUAUUUUAUUAUUUUUAUUUUAGAAACAUUCCUGCUUUGUAAAAGAAGAGUGAGAUUGGGGAGAGAAUGAAAGAGGAGGAGAGAGAGAGAGAGAGAGAAGGGGAACCUCUGGCACUAAUACUUGACAGUCGUAGCCUUAAUAAACCACAACAUGAUUGCAGUACUCCCAGUUCUGUGAUCCUAGUUGUAUCCCCCGAUACACCAGUGACACUUGAUCUCACAUCCCAGCCAUACCUCUGCUGCCUUGGUUCUUCGCCCAGAGUAGUCCAGGGGGCACCAUUGUAUGUAGAGCAUUGUGCAAGUCACUCAGCUUAUCAACUAUUAUACAACCUCCAGCAGGCCAGAGCUGAAAGGAAUGAAAGUCAUGUUUUAUGCUGGUCCUGUGUUCCUGUUUAUCGGGGUGACUGCAGAGCUGUUAUUUAUGGUUUUGCCCCUGGUGCCAGAUGACCCUUUCUAUGACCUCCUUGGGUGGGGGGAAGCUGAUUCUUACUCUUCAAUGGCAUGAAGCUUUUCUGUACUCCCUCUUUCUCUCUGUUGGUAGAUUCCCAACUGCUCUUACAGUAACCGUUGUCUGAAAUUGUACGAUGGGAGUGACUGUGAGCGACUAUCUCCAUAUGUAUCCUCUGCAUUACUAAUAGUUCUGUGCAAUAACUGCAGUGUCUUUGCAGCCUCUUGGUGAAAAGACAGUUCUAAAGUGUUCCUCCACCUGAAAACCAUUUCAGAAAGUUUCAUAUGCACACACCUGUGUUUUAUUAAAUGUUAAGACAGACUUGACUGAAUGGAUCAUUUUAUUUUACUUGUGAUUUUCCCCCAUAAAGUAACUGUAAAUAUAAUGGAGUGGAUAGACCUGCCUUCUCAAAUGGACUGAAAAGGUGGGAGGGGCUACUUUAGUGACUGCUGUAUCUGGGAUGGAGAGGAGUGUGAGAGACCUUUUCAGUUUCAGUAUAUGUGCUGCCAGCUGCAUCUAAUGUUAAACCGAAAAACUGUAAAUAUAGAUAAAGUUGUGAAAUGUUUAAAAUUGUAUACAAUUCUUUUUCCUUUUGUUUGCCAAAACAGGACUAGCUAGGGACAGUGAGUGUGGCCAAGAAAGCGAGAGAGAGAGAGAGCCAGAGACUGCCUUUUGUGGCUUGAUAUCCUCAUUUUCUAAAGAGCAGCACAUUUUCUGAAAGCACUUGCGUAGUAUAUUUCCAAACCUGUUUAAGGUCAUCUUCACACUUUUCCUCCAUUCUCUGGACUUGCUUUCCUCUGCCUGUUAUCCAUCUUGCCCUACUUUGCUGUCAAUCACUCAAUUUAAUUAGAUUUUUUCUCUCUCUGCACAAAGGUCUCUUCCUCUCUCUCUCUCUCUCUCGAGAACUAAUGUGAAUAAGAGAAUGCCGUAAACCUACAGGAAGGUGUCUGUAAUGACACUUUAUUUUAGCUCUCCUGUUUCUGACUUUUUAGCCCAAUGCUUCUAUUGUAUAAAUUGCAAAUAAUGUAUUGAGAAGUGAAUAUUAAAAAGUAAACUCAAAAUGCAACAAGAA